AUGUACCAAGGCGGAACCGGCGAGAGGUAUGCUGCCACUCGACUCAAGGAUCAGAUCGACAAGCCCAACGAUCCACUGGAAUCGUCGACGAUCAAUCGGACAAUGUACCAAGGCGGAACCGGCGAGAGGUAUGCUGCCACUCGACUCAAGGAUCAGAUCGACAAGCCCAACGAUCCACUGGAAUCGUCGAUCAUCAAUCGGACAAUGUACCAAGGCGGAACCGGCGAGAGGUAUGCUGCCACUCGACCCAAGGAUCAGAUCGACAAGCCCAACGAUCCACUGGAAUCGUCGACCAUCAAUCGGACGAUGUACCAAACCUUCUCCACUGAUAAGGUGCCGCUAGUGAUUCCGAUGGACAACAUCGAAAGCAAUUCAGGGAAAGUGGAGGGUCAAUCCGUAUCAAGAUUAACGUACACGAAUUUCCCAUCGAAUCGAUUGAAUCUGUCGGUGCCGGUGGACAAAUGGAUCCACGGACCAUCGUAUCCAACCGAGUACAACACGGAGCAGCGGAGUUCCUAUCGGCCGCAGCCGGCCCAGCCGUGCCCGGCGGCGAGGAUCGUCUUGUCGAAAAAACGCCCAGUUGAUCCAAUGUAUCUUUAUUAA